AGUUUAAAAUAGCUGUUACUGUAGUUGUUAUUUCGUUGUUGGCCUUUGGAAAGAAAACACCGGAGAAAGAAGACUAGAGAGAUUAAAUAUAAAAAUGUAUUUCUUUGAACUAGUUUGUAUUUUUCUUCUGAUAUUUUUUUCAGAGGUACACACGACAGAACAGAGCAACAUGAAUUGUAAAAAGCAUUGUCCAACAGGAAUGAUUCCAGACUUUUGUACAAAGCAAGGUUCCGACAACAGCGGUCAAUGUGUCAAAGAUGACCGGGAAGGUAUGUUGCAUGGUCACUGGGAUGUUGACUACAACAAAUGAAAUCGUUGUAUCCUUCGGUGUUAUAAAGGGUACAUAGCAAGUGGAUGUAAUGUACAGCGAAGAUGGAUAGAGGAAAUGCCUACUUGUGUCGAAGAUGACUGGUAUAGAAAAAUGAAAGAUUGGGGUAAAAUUGCUUUGAAAACUACGGCAGUGGCUGGCGCAGCAGUUGGGGCUGGGACUGGCAUGGUGGCUGCAACACCGGUAGUCGUCGCAGCCGCAGGAUUUGGAUCGGGCGGCGUUGUUGCAGGGUCCAUCGCAGCGGGAAUACAAUCAGCAACAACAGCUGCAGGAAGUUUAUUUGCCUGGGCUCAAAGUGUGGGGGCUGUUGGAUAUGUCGGUGCAACAGGAUCGGCGGUGAUUGGCGGGGGAACAGGGACAGCUGCCGGUGGAUCAACAGCAUACGUGAUAUCAAAAUUAACUGGGUGUGAGGCGGAAUAAUGAACAAUUAUCUUUUCAUACUUAAGAAUUUCUUUCACUCGGACACUUAAUUUUUUUCAGCACGUUUAUUUUAUGUCAGUUUAAAUCCCGAGAAAUCCAUUAAGAAAGUUCGUUUCGGUUAGUUACGUUAACAGCUAUAUCAUUUUCUGAAAUGUAAAACACAAUUAGAAAGAUCAAUACUAUCCACUGAACGACUGUCUGUGAUCAUGUUAUGUUAUGUAUGUGUAUAGGUUGGCGUGACACUUAUAAAAAGUGUCCCUCCCCGCUGUAUUCAUGAUUCACGCAACACCAAGUUAAGAUGCAAGUAUGACAGCAGGUGAAAGUUUGCCUCUUUGCUAUGCAAUUCUGUAAAAAGUUGCAUUUUCACUAAACAUUAUUUGGGGUUGGUCACUUGCAGAUUUAACAACAUAAACUUGUUGCAAUAUAUUUAGUAAUUUAUUUCGUUUUAUAUUAUAGUAGUUGAGAUUGUAUUGGACAAAUAUUUAUCGAAGAUCUGACAUAGAUUGUUGGUAUUACAAUCAAAUACUGAAUAAUUAGUUUAUAUUCAAAAGUUGACAUUUUCUGAAUUUAUUGUAUAGACAAAAUGCACUUUUACAAAAAAGUCUGAAAUAAACCGCAUUUCUGUAUCAGCAGCAUGUAAACAUCGCUUUCACACGACUUUAAAUGUUUACAUGUCUUACUUUCCAUGUUUUAGUUCUGCUGGUUUACUUUUCCAUUAGGAAGGAACUUUCAUUAAACCCUUAUCUCAACAACAAGUGUUAAACAAUUACCUAUUACUGAUAUUUUAUUCACAUUUCUCAUCACAUAGCUUU